GCGAAUAUAUACACUAUUUUUGCAAUUAUUCUAGCCAAUGGACUUUUAACAAUUUAACACAGAAUUUUUAAAAGUUUUAGUGUUUUUUUAAACAAGUUUUUUCAUUGUACUUUGCUUGUUUCUCGACGACUCGAGAUUUAUCUGAAAUUUCUAGGAACUGCGACACAAAUUUACAAUUUUUUAAACAAACUUUCAGAGCGAAAGCAACGUGAGUUUAGAUUAGUUGCAAAACACAAAAUACCAGUCUAAAAUUCCUGGAAACCUUUUCAACAAUAUAAUAACGCCAAAGAUUUGAGUUAUAAAAACAAGAUUAAAUUCCUAGAAUCAUGUCUAUUUGUAUAAACGCUCAAAUGUGGUCAGAUGUUGAGGCAUUAUUUGAGCAUCCCUCAAAGUGGUAUGAGUCGUAUCAGGAAAAUGGCACAAAAUAUUUUAAAAGACGUCGAAAAUUGGAGGAACAAUUGCAGCAGCAAUUAAAUGCCUGUGCAGGAGAGAUUUUCCUAUGUGGCAUACCAGCGGAUACACGAGCGGAAAAAAUAGCCCAAGUGGCCUCUUUAGUGGGUGAAGUUUAUAUUUUACGUUUUAAAGUGCAUUUCUCGGGAGCAUCUAGAGGUUUUGCCUAUCUGCAGUAUAUCGAUCCUAAUUUAAUGACUUUGGCUUUAAAAAAAUUACCUCUGCUCUUCCGACAACUCCAAUUGCCCACGAUUAAAGUCUGUGAGUCGCGCAAUACUUCUAAACUUUUGCUAUGCAAAACUGACAUGUCCCCCUUGAUGGUAUUUGAAACAUUAAAAAAAAUAAUAAAUUUUAACAAGCUGGUGGGCCAUGAGAUAUAUCCCGGCUGUUUUGAAUAUCAAAUCGUUUUCAAAUGCAACGAAGAAGCGGUACAUGCUCGACGUGAACUUUUAAAGUCUAUUUUGAAAUUUGGUCAUAAGACGGUAAUAGUCUGGGAUAACUCAAACAGAAGUAAUGAUGCUGCUACUAUAAACAAUUAUCCAAAUCAGGCCAAGUUAAUAAAUAAAACUAGAUUCUAUAAGAAACUUGAAUACCCCAAUAAUUUUGAACAGCAGCAGCAACUUCAAAUAAUAAGAAAAAAUAUUGGACCAACAAAUUUUGAUCAACAGAGUAUUACGGGUUUAAAUAAUUUCGCAAGUAUGAAAUUGUAUUAAGAAUAUUUUGGAAAAAAAUACGUGAAAUUAAUAAUGAUCACUUUGGAAAAAAACUUAAUUAUAUUUCUAUUAACAAUUCAUUUAUAUUUAUUUCUGUUUUAAAUCCAAAUAAAUUACUUGAUUUGGAAAAAUAUCUUCGUUAUAAUGAAAGUUCGUAAAAAUUCAAUAAAAUUAAAAAUAUUAAAAUAAUAAUGAAAGUAAUUAUUUAAAUUAAAAAGUUCAAAUUAUAAUUUAGUUUUAAAUUAAAUUAAUAAUGAUCUAAAAACUUUAUCACUAAUGAAUUGUAAAAAAGAUAAUUUUAAAUAUCAUUUAUAUAUACAUAGAAUUUUCACUUUUAUUUAAUGUGAUUUAUUGAAAUGUUUAACGAAA